UUCAUCUCCUACGCUCGUCCUAAACGUGGCAUUAACUCAGAAACUCAAAAGAAAACAAUGGGGUUCAAGUUGCUGCUUCUGCUUCUUCUUCCGCUUGUGUUGAUUCAGUAUGUUAAUUCAAAAUCUACAAUUAGAUAUCUUCCUGGUUUUCAAGGCCCUCUUCCUUUCAAGCUCGAAACCGGGUACAUUGGUGUUGGUGAGGCAGAGGAGGAACAGUUGUUCUACUACUUCAUUAAAUCAGAAAGCAACCCAGAGGAAGACCCUCUUCUUAUCUGGUUAAGCGGAGGACCUGGCUGCUCUUCUCUCUCUGGCCUUCUUUUUGAGAAUGGGCCUCUUGCUUUCAAGGUUGAGUCCUACGAUGGAGAUACCCUUUCCUUGGUCUCUACUACAUAUUCAUGGACUAAGGUGGCCAGUAUAAUCUAUUUGGAUCAGCCUGUUGGGACUGGCUUCUCCUACUCAAGAAAUCCACUUGCUGAUAAGCCAAGUGACACUAGAGCAGCUAAGCGGGUCCAUGAGUUUCUUCGUAAGUGGCUAGCUAAGCAUCCUGAGUUUUUCUCGAAUCCUUUCUAUGUGGCCGGAAAUUCUUAUUCUGGUAUAGUCAUUCCGGCUAUAGUUCAAGAAAUCUCAAAUGGAAACGGUUUAUGCUGCAAACCUCAAAUAAAUCUUCAGGGUUAUGUUUUGGGAAAUCCGUUAACAAAUUUUGAUAACAAUGAUAACUCGCGCAUUCCAUUUGCUCAUGGAAUGGCUUUGAUCCCUGAUGAACUCUUUGAGUCGCUGAGGAGAAGCUGCAGAGGAAAUUAUUAUGUUAAAAUGGAUCCUCUUAACACAGGAUGCUUGAAACUCGUUCAAGAAUUUGAGAAGUGCGUCUCUGGAUUAGAUUUAACUUAUAUUCUAGGACCAAAGUACGUAAACGCAUCUGAUCCCUAUGUAAGCAAUCCAUCUGAGCAUCGCAUGUCUGUGCUGUCUAACCGUUGGGCCAAUGAGGAGAGGGUGCGCAGAGCCCUUGGAGUGGAGAAGGGGAGUAUAGGAGAAUGGUUACGGUGUUAUCGGGAAAUACCUUACAACAUUGACAUUAGAAGCAGCGUACCAUACCAUAAGAAUAACAGCAUCCAAGGAUACCGAUCUCUUAUCUUCAGUGGUGAUCACGACAUGUUCGUCCCUUUCCUUGAAACUCAAGACUGGAUAAGAUCUCUCAACUAUUCCAUUAUUGAUGACUGGAGGCCAUGGAUGAUUCACAAUCAAGUCGCUGGAUACACAAGGACUUAUGCCAAUAAAAUGACAUUUGCCACUGUGAAAGGCGGUGGGCACACAAUGGUGUAUAAACCAGAGGAGUGCUCUGUGAUGUUCAAGAGAUGGAUUAGUGACCAACCUUUGUAACAGCUCAUCAGCGACGUGGUGGAAACCUUUGCAAAAUCUUGAUCUGGUGAUUUCUACAUAAUUUAUCUCUGUAAUUGAGCCCAACUAGAGGGACAGGUUAUAUAAUUUGGCUAAAACACUCGGAAUUUGGAUAGACAUUAUUAAGGAAAGAAUAAUUAUAUUAAUUACUUUGAUAUCCAA